UUGUGUUUAUAUACUGAAUGUAUUCUGUACGCAACCGUUUCAACGAAAUCGAGCGUUUGCCACUAGCGCGACAAAACAGGAUUCAAUGCGUAAUUUCUAAACUGUAAACUCUUUGAAAGUAAAGAAUUGCCUUACUUUGAUCGGAUUUUUUUCAAAUUUCUCAACUCAGAAGAGAGAAACACUGGGAAUCGGCCUUAAGAAACUCUAAUAGACGGGAAACUAAUAUUUGAAAACAAACGCGAUCGGCCCUUAGCAACGGUUGCUACCGAAUAGCCUCGCUUUGGUGCCAUCGUCGCCAUAUUUGCAAUCGGUGUAUUGUGUUGUUAUACCUCCCAACUCAAAGACGCUUUCUGAUUGGAGGACGUGUCACGUGUCGUGGGUCAAAACUCACUAACUCCCCAGGGCAAACAAAACUUGCUAACUCCUCAGGGAAACAACAACUUGAACUUUUGACUCACACAUGAUCAGGUCAUCUAUCUUGAAACCACGACAAAUUUGUUGUGCCAGCUGAUGUCAAACAAAUAAGUUUUUUGCAGUUUCCUAUUUUUGAGUCGGAAGAUAGGACAAAACACUUAAUGACUGACCCCAAGGGAAACAGUGAGUUUUGUUUCCCCUCGACCUCAAUGUUCCCCUCGGCUUUGCCUUGGAGAACAUUGAGAGUAUCGGGGAAACAAAACCCACUGUUUCCCUUGGAGUCAGUCAUUAAGUUCUUUUUUUCCCCAUUAUUGAGUGCUAAUCAUGAACAGGGUUAUUCAGGCUAAACACAGGAAAAGUCUGCACUCCGGUUAGCCUGAUUAUCACUCAACUGGUUCUGAAGACUGAAUAUCACUCCAGUUAGCCUGCAUAUCACUCAGAUAGUCACAUUGAGAGAGUAAAUAGAGAAUUACAAGAGCUCGGGUACAAACCAGGGGACCCCUUGACUGUAGAUGUUGUCAGUAAGGUGGAUCAGAUGCACUAUUAUGGUACAAAGGCUGUUGAUGAAGCUGUUGGCCUCUUAGGGAUAAGCUCAUCCCACAAGAUUCUUGAUGUGGGUUCAGGGUUUGGAGGGCCAGCACGUCACUUGGUUCACACAACAAACUGCUCAGUCACUGCCCUUGAGCUCCAGGAGGAUAUUCACAAGGAAGGUGAAAACCUGACAAAGAGAUGUAACCUGCAGGAUAGGUUGACACAUAUAGCAGGGGAUUUUCUUCAAUUAGACUUAGGUGCUGGAUCUUUUGAUUUCAUUGUAUCUUGGUUGGUAUUUCUACACAUCUCGGACAAGAAGAGCUUAUUUGAACGCUGUUUCCACAGCUUGAAGCCUGGCGGGAAAAUGUAUAUUGAAGAUUUUUUUCAGAAACCAGGUGUCAUCUUAACUGAUGAACAAAUAAGAAUUUAUGAAGAAGACGCGUACAUGAGUAAUUUGCCUGAGAAGGACGUGUACAUUAGCCAGCUUAAGGCGGCUGGAUUUACUGAUAUUCAGUUUGAAGAUUUAACAGAGACUUGGACUUCGUUCGUUGAGCAAAGGCAUCUGGAAUUCAACCAGCAGAAGGAACGUCAUGUACGGGUGCUGGGACAAGAUGCGUUCGACUCCUUGGGAUAUUUUUAUUCAACGGUAAAGAUGUUGUUCGUAAAGGGACUCACCGGGGGAUGUCGUGUUAUUGCGACCAAACCAGCAAUUUCGCAAAUUGUAUGAAAAUUUUAAUAACUUUGGCCUCAAGUGGGUGGAAAAAGUCUAUCACACACUAUUAAAUAUACCAACAUGUAUUGGUCCACUUUAGUGUACGAUGAGAAACUCUCUGGGUAGUGUUGUAUGUGCUAUUUAUUAUAUGGCUGUGUCUCACAAGGACUGGGAACUACCGAAUUCACGAAUUUAAUUGGCUGAA